AUGGAAUUUUCCUUUCAUAAGAAUGUAACAGUAAUUAGUCAUGGAAUUAUUUAUAAUCAACAAUGUGCCCUCCAGGUCCAAAAGAAUAAGAGGAAUGUAAGAUCAAGGAAGAGUCUAAAGCUUGUCUCAACAAGCGACAAUGAAGAAGAUGGAAAUGGUGGCACCAAAGGGCAGAGCUCCAGCAGUUGCUGCACAGGGGAUGACUCAAACACUUACCAGGAGCUAAGUGAAGGAGUGACUCCAAGCUCUAGCCCAAAAGGGACCGCGGCUCUUAACCUGAACGGAAAAGCAAGAGCCACUAAAGGGUCAGCAACUGAUCCCCAAAGCGUCUAUGCAAGGAAAAGAAGAGAGAAAAUUAAUGAGAGGCUAAGAAUACUACAGAACCUUGUGCCAAAUGGAACAAAGGUUGAUAUUAGCACAAUGCUUGAGGAAGCUGUUCAGUAUGUGAAGUUCUUACAGCUCCAGAACAAGCUCUUAAGCUCAGAUGAUCUAUGGAUGUAUGCUCCCAUAGCUUACAAUGGAACGAACAUUGGAUUUGAUUUGAGGAUCGCAAAUCCAAAACCAACAUAGAAGAUAAUAAUGGUGGUGCAUAGUUUUCUGUCUUGAAGUGGCCUGAUUUUCCAAAGUUGACUA